AUGUCGUCCAUAGAAGAGCUGUACCCCGUCGAAUGCGCCUUUUGCAAAAUCGCCCAAGCCUAUCCCGCCAAUGAUCCCUCCUCCUCCUCCUCGCCCGUCCCCCACGCCCCGGACCCAGAAAAGGUCUUUCCGCAAUGCCAGCUCCUCCUCUCCACGCCGCUCGUGCUCGCCGUGCUGGACAUCAUGCCGAUAGCUCCGGGGCACAUCCUCCUCAUCACGCGCGAGCACUACAAAAAGUUGACGGAUAUGUACCCCUCCAAAGCACCCACGCUUGGCGAAUGGAUGCCCAUCCUGUCCGCCGCGCUGUGCAAAGCAACCGGCAUCGAGGACUGGAACGUGGUGCAGAACAACGGCGAGCGCGCGGCGCAGGUGGUGCCGCACGUGCACUUCCACUUCAUCCCGCGGUAUCAGGAGGGGCGGCGCGAGGUGGCGCGCAAAGGGAAUGUGGAUAUGGGCAUGCUGCGCAGCUGGAAGAUGUUUGGGCGGGGUGCGCGCGAGGAGCUGGAUGAGGAUGAGGGGGCGGAGCUGGCGAGGGUGUUGAGGGAGGCGCUGAGGGAGGUUUUGGGCGAGGAGAUGCGGGAGGGGGGCAAGAGUAAGCUUUAG